GAAAUCAACGGCAACAAUUGCAAUCAGAGGACAGGAUGCGAGGGUUUCUUUUGACCGUAGUGGCCUUUCUAUCAUUGGUCUCCUAUACCCAGGCACUUUACUUCUACCUUACUGGCAAUGAGCAAAAGUGCUUCUUCGAGGACCUGCCAAAAGACACGAUUGUCGUCGGGAAAUACCGUGUAGAAGAGUUGAUAGAGCAGACCAACUCUUGGGCAACCCCCUCUGACCUCGGGCUCUCCCUGACCGUCGACGAACUCGGUCCCAAUGACGCCAACCCCCACCGUAUCGUGUCCCAGCACUCGAUGGGUUCAUCCUUCACCUUCACCGCCGCCUCUUCAUCGGCUCACAAGAUCUGUGUAUCUACUCGCAAGACCGGUGGAUGGUUCUCCAGCUCGAAGGUCAGGCUUCACUUGGAUUUGGCGUUGGGCGAGACUGGUGAAUUGGAGAAGAAGGGCAAGGAGCACCUCGAGGGCAUUGCCGGUCGUGUCAGGGAGUUGAAGAACCGUGUCAACGAUGUCCGAAGGGAGCAGGUCUUCCAGAGGGAACGCGAAGCCGAGUUCCGUGAUCUCUCGGAAAGCGUGAAUGCUCACAUCGCACGUUGGACCGUCGCCCAGAUCAUUGUAUUGAGUGCUACAGGUGCUUGGCAGUUGAUGCACUUGCGUGGGUUCUUCCAGAAGCAAAAGUUGGUGUAGACUUGCCUCCUCCAAGGGGUAUAUGCUGCUUUUCAAGAUACCAACACGAUCAUCUUACACGCCAAUUACACAGCAGUCCAUGUCACUGUCACUACUACCCGUACACCCUUGACCUCGUUGUAAUCAUACGUCCACAG